AAAAAUAAGCACGGGACGAGCCAGCUGAGCUCGAUCAUGGCCAUGUCAAUCCUCGGCGCUCUGAAGCUCGCCCCGUCUCCACUGCUUCCGCCGACGCAGCCCUCGGUGCGCGCCUCCUCCUCGCUGCACUUCCACCUCGCGAACGCCGGCGCCGCCGCGCUGGUCGCCGCCUCGCUCCUCCUCGCCGACCCGGCCCUCGCCUUCAGGGGAGGCGGGCCGUACGGGCAGCAGGUGACGCGGGGGCAGGACCUCACCGGCAAGGACUUCAGCGGCCAGACACUCAUCAAGCAAGACUUCAAGACUUCAAUACUGCGGCAGACAAACUUCAAAGGUGCAAACUUGCUCGGCGCCAGCUUCUUCGACGCGGACCUCACAGGUGCUGACCUCUCCGACGCCGACCUCAGAAACGCCGACUUCUCGCUGGCAAACGUGACAAAGGUAAAUUUGACAAAUGCCAACUUGGAAGGAGCACUUGUGACAGGGAACACUUCCUUCAAAGGUUCCAACAUAUACGGGGCAGAUUUUACCGAUGUCCCGCUGCGAGAUGAUCAGCGGGACUACCUCUGCAAAAUUGCUGACGGGGUAAAUACAAUUACUGGAAACGCCACAAAGGAGACUCUGUUCUGCAAAUAAUACUCAGAAUUUAGAGGCUGAUUUAGUUCUUCAAUAGUACUGCCAUGUUUUUCUGUCUUUUUCUUAUCUCCCAGGGUGGAGAGAGUUCGAUGAACAUUCGAAGAUAAUAUAUUGGGGGAUUCCUUUCUAGGAAAA